AUGGGUUGCUGUGGUUGUGGAAGUUGCAGUGGCUGUGGUGGCUGUGGUGGCUGUGGUGGCUGUGGUGGCUGUGGUGGUGGCUGUGGUAGUGGCCGUGGUGGCGGCCGCGGUGGCGGCCGCGGUGGUGGCUGCGACGGGGGCUGUGGCAGCUGCACCACCUGCAGGUACUACCGGAUGGGCUGCUGCUCCGGCUGCUGCCCCUGCUGCUACGGCUGCUGUGGGGGCUGCUGCAGCGUCCCCGUGGUCUGCUGCUGCCGCCGCCCCUGUAGCCGUGGCUCGUGUGGCUGUGGCUGCGGGAAGGGCUGUUGCCUGCAGAAGUGUGGCUGGGAGAAGCAAUGCUGCUGCUAG